CUGCUGCUGUUGCAUCGACAUGGAUUUCAACAUGAAGAAGCUGGCCUCGGAUGCGGGCGUCUUCUUCACGCGGGCCGUGCAGUUCACAGAGGAGAAGCUCGGCCAGGCCGAGAAGACAGAAUUGGAUGCGCACUUUGAAAACCUCCUGGCCCGGGCAGACGGCACCAAGAACUGGACCGAAAAGAUCUUGCGCCAGACAGAAGUCUUGUUGCAGCCAAACCCUAGUCUCUCUGGUCUUCCAGGUGCCAGAGUGGAAGAGUUCCUGUAUGAAAAGCUAGACCGGAAAGUGCCCUCGCGAGUGACCAACGGAGAGCUCCUGGCGCAGUACAUGAUUGAGGCAGCCAACGACUUUGGCCCCGGAACUCCCUAUGGAAAGACCCUCAUCAAAGUGGGAGAAACUGAGAGGCGCCUGGGAGGAGCUGAGCGGGAUUUCAUCCACUCCGCUUCCAUCAACUUCCUGAGUCCUUUGCGCAACUUCCUGGAGGGAGACUGGAGAACCAUUUCCAAAGAGAGACGGAUCCUGGAGAACCGCCGCCUGGAUCUGGAUGCUUGCAAAGCCAGGCUGAAGAAAGCAAAGGCUGCCGAAGCCAAAGCAGCGGCUGUGCCUGACUUUAACGAGACUAGACCACGUAAUUACAUUCUCUCCGCCAGCGCAUCAGCGCUUUGGAGUGAUGAAGUGGAAAAAGCAGAGCAUGAGCUCCGGAUGGCCCAGACGGAGUUCGAUAGGCAGGCGGAAGUAACUCGCCUCCUCCUGGAAGGGAUCAGCAGCACACAUGUCAACCACCUGCGCUGUCUCCAUGAGUUCGCGGAAGCUCAGGCCACAUACUAUGCGCAGUGCUACCAGUACAUGUUGGACCUCCAGAAACAGCUGGGCAGGCUUCCUGGAACAUUUGUGGGCAACGUGGAAUCCACAUCGCCUCCCCCCACCACUGCCUCCCCCACUGCCAUGGCUGCCGCCACGGGCCCAGCAGUGCCCACCAUUCCGGUGGUGCCUACUGUUGUUGGCGCACCUAACUCUGCCCCGACUGUAGAAGGUCUGAACCCCGGUGAUGUUAAGCCCCCUGCCAGCGGGACACGGAAGGCCCGAGUGCUCUAUGACUACCAGGCGGCCGACAGCGGCGAGCUCUCCUUGCUUGCCGAUGAGAUGAUCACUGUGUACAGCCUGCCGGGGAUGGAUCCUGACUGGCUCAUAGGGGAGAGAGGCAAUCAAAAGGGGAAGGUCCCAGUUACCUACUUAGAAUUGCUUAGUUAAGCACCGCUGGGAAGGAAUCUUCAAGUAAGACUCA